AUGGACCCUUCAAAAGCGGCCUCGAGCAAUGUGACCGUUGAAUACACGGACCCAUCUGGGUUGUUUCCUCUGGUCCAGCCCGUCAUCGAGUCCAAGCUUCCCUUAAAGAACCUGCACUGGAAGUCGCCUACUCGUCCCGUUCGAUCGAUCGAGUCCCUCCGCAUUGGCUUCUCACCCGCGCAGACCGAUCCCACCGAGCGGAAGUCCUCUAGCGAUGGCACUGGCACUGUGCCGCACCGGCGACACCAAAUUCCUGGUCUGCGCCAAACACCGUACUUGAAAAUCUACCUCCUCCGCUGCGACGACAACGAUACAUACAAGGCAACCGCACGGAAGACCCUCAGAGAAUGGAUCAAGGCUCAGGGAUCAUCAAGCACCUCGCAACCGACGGGUAGCAGCCAGGAGAAGCAUGAUGCGUUUGAGUGGCUUAUUCUGCAUGUGGUUCAGGAUGGCGAAGGCGCAGAGAAGACCCCCGCGUCUACAUCGAAAUGGGGUCGCAGCACCACCACGGUUUUGGAGAAGGUCAAGGCUGACUUCAACGGGACAUCCAAGACGGCUAUUGAUCGUGUGGCGCAACUACGGAUUCCGAAGGAGGGUGCGACAGCCAAGUCUCCUGAGCUAGCCGACCAGCUGGAAGAUCUGAUUGACAAGGUCAAGAACAGCAUUCUAGCCUCGUUUGACCUGCGCGUGGCUCAGUAUGAGGAAGAUAUCAAGGAAAAAGACUCGCAGCGAAGUCUCCCCGGUUGGAACUUUUGUACGUUCUUUAUUCUCAAGGAGGGUCUUGCACGAGGUUUCGAAAAUGUCGGUCUUUUUGAAGAUGCACUCCUUGGCUAUGACGAGCUAUCCUUUGGUCUUGAUGCAGCAAUUCGAGAUCAAUUACAUGGAAACAGCGAGCAGCAUGGUACAACGCUUCUAAACUCCAGCAAAAAUUGGGUGGAAGCUGCAAGGAAGGUACUGGACUCAGGGUCAUCAACCAAAGAUAGCGAUGAUGAGGGCCAAAGCCCAAGUCUAGAGAUCCGGCCUGAGGAUUUCCCACUUAGUUCGACCAAGUUUCCGUACCGAGAAAUGAUCCUGGCUAGCGAUAUCUCCAUUUUCGAUUUCCGCACCUAUGUCUUCUCCCGACAACUCACUCUCCUUCUGCGGGCGGCCAGAGCUCCAUCGGUCGUUGCGAAUGAGCCAGCGAAACGUGACAGAAAACCGGAAGAUUUGAUCUUGCUCUCGGAAAUAUGUGCAAGAUCUUUAGAGUUUAUCAGUCUUGCUGCUCGCAACCUUCGGUUCGGCCUUGAGUGUGGCCUGGAGGAUGUGGAGAAUGAUGCUAAGGCAGAGGUCAUCCAUAAUCUUGUGUCUUCCUGGGCAUACUCGGCAGCUCUUCAAAUACUUAACCAGACCUUUACUCCAAACUUGUCCCUCCCCGAGUCAUCAUUCCAUGCUGCGGCGCAGGUCAGCGAUGCUGGAAAGUCCACAGUGCCGGUGAAUGAGAGCCGCUCAGAGAUACCACGCCGGUCAAGCUCAUUGAUAGCUUCAACUGCGACUCGCCCCGCUCGUCCGAUGACACAGGAUCUUUCUGAUACACCCGCUGGAAUCAUCCAGCGGCGUUCAACUAUGGACCACCCCAAACCGGCACCGGGCUCGAUGCAAAAGACUGGCUCCGAGCAACUGGCAUCUGCGAGAGGAGAGCUGCUUCUCCUGGCUCGACGAUCACUUGAAGAAAUUGCUCGCCGACGGGGUUGGUCUGAGAAAUGGGGCGACCUCGGUCUGUUGUUCGAUGACAGCCACCGCGCUGGAGCAGGCGGUCUUACGGACGUCUCCCUAGACGAUAACGAUGCCUCAAACGAGGAGACUCCAUCCAAGGUGGAACACACCUCUCUGGUUGGCAUCGAGCUUGCCACGCUGAAGGCUGGGCUGCGGUCAAAAGAGGCGUUUUCGUCUCUCUAUGAGGACCUUACUGACCAUAUCAUCCGUCAUUAUAUGGUGGCAAACCGAGCCAACUCUUCAGAGACGGCUCUUGCAGAUAUCGCUAUCCUACGAUACCGCCAGGGUGACUUUGAAGCUGCUGCUUCCUAUUUCCACCAGAUGGCUCCAUUCUACGGUAGCAAGCUUUGGGUGGUCCUGGAAGGAAGCAUGCUAGAAUUAUAUGCCCGCUGUCUCAAGGAAUUGAAGCGAAACGAGGAUUUUGUUCGCGUGAUGCUUCGACUCCUGGCCAAAUUUGCCGCAUACGCGCAGGCAAAGCUAUCGGUCAGGGAGAGAGCAUUGUCUACUCCCCCGUCCAUCUUGCAAUUGGAGCAGUUGGCGGGAUAUGUUACCGAUCUGUUCAGCGGAGCAUCGGCCAUGCAAAAGGAUGUCACGGCAUCAUUGGUUGAAUUCUUUGCGGACCUCCGCGUUGACCCAGCUAUCCAGCUCUAUGAGGAUAAAGAUGGAUUCCAAAUCAAGCUAUCUCUUCGAUUCCUCUUGGGCCCUAAGAUCAACAUUGACUCUAUCAAGGUGCGAUUGGUCAGCGAUACCAACUCCCAAAAUGCGGAGCAUUGGAUUGAAGCCUCGACCAAUUUCGUGGUCAAGUCGUCGAUGACUACGAUUCUCAUUGACUCUUCGACUACACUGCAUGGCAAAUAUUUCGUUGAUCGCCUCGAGAUGAAGUCUGGCAACAUCAUCUUUUCAUUCAACAGUGGAAAUCAUUCGACUCUGCCAAUUGGCUUCCGCGAAUCGGACGAGGACGAGGAGACUGAUCGUCGACCAUACAUCUACUGUUACCCCCCUUUGGAGGGAUUGCAGGCAAAGGUAGUCUCACCGCAUCUGAUCAACCUGGAAGCCAUGCGCACGCUGGAGCUGGAGCUCAACAGCGGACGAAACGAUAUCAAGACCGGCACUAUUCGUGUGCGGCCAGCAACAGCAGGGCUCCGACUUCGAAUUUCCGAAGUAGAGAUUGUGGAGGGUGAGAUCGAUGUUACCCCCAAUGUUGACGCUGGUACCAUCGAAUUCGCUCAGCUCCCACCGCAAAGGUUCGUGCGACUACGUAUCCCUUACACGGUGGAAGAAACCUUUACAACUCUGUCCGCACGAGCCGAAGUCAGUUACGAGACUGAUCGGGGUAAAUUUGCCUUUUCAACUGCACACAGUAUUGUUGCUACGUUACCCAUUUCAGUCAACGUGCAGGAUAUUUUCAAGGAUGAGUUGCUGUUCUCACGUUUCACGAUCAGCCCCGCAAUGCUGAUCCCGCUGCGCAUCACGAAUUGCAGCCUGCCAAGCUCCGAUUCAUAUGACGUUCAAACCAGUAUCACUGGACCCGUGGCUAUGGACGUCUUCCCCAAGCAGCCAGCAUCUCUACUUUACAAGAUCCGUCCGUCCGGGCUGAACAGUGCUACCACUGGCCCAGAGGCACCUCGCAGUCUUCGCUUGCGUGUUGACUUUACCUGCGUGAAUGAUGAGUGCCUUGACGCGGUUGAGAAAAUCUUCCUUUCCGCUGUCCAGUCUAGUUCAUUCAGCCAGUAUGCAACUCUCCUUACGUCGCAUAUAGUUAACAGCUUCCGCGCUCAAUUAUCGACCUCGGACAUGGAGGUCAUUGGUCUUGUACGAGAGGUCGAGAUGCUCCCAUACCAGAGUGUCCGCUGGGAAGAAAUGUUGGGCGCGCUAAAGGAACGCACGGAAGACGUGCGACAGUGGCUCACGUCAUGGCACGAGAGCAACCCAAUCAUUCGUCUGCCCGAGCGGGCCUCCAUCCCCAUCCGUACUAUCAUUAUCCCAGUCGAUAUCCCCGAAAUCCAAGUGGUACACACGGCCGAGCUGCAGCUCCAGCCUGCAAGCGCCGAUGCAGACCCCUCAUCUUCUCACGCGGCCGUGGGCCAGAUGAUUGCCGCGGAGUUAUGCAUCCGCCACACGCGACGAUGGUGUUCCCCAACAAACCAAGGAUACGCAGACCAGCCACUCGAGUGCUCGUACGAGUUACACGCCAACCCAGAGCUAUGGCUCCUGGGCGGCCGACGACGCGGCAACUUCCUAGCCCGCGAUGGCGAGACCAUCCGCUUCACGGUGUUGCUUCUGCCCCAGAAGCCCGGCCAUCUACUCCUCCCGGGUCUGGAGGUUCGCACCUUUGCCCCAGUGCAGGCACAGCCUCCGAUGUCUCCUCCGGCAAUGGACGUCGCGGCUGGGGGUGCUGCUGCUCCCGUGCAGCGCCAGGCGAUUGCCUGCGAGGUUGAUUACCGGAACCAUGGCGAAACCGUGCUCGUCCUGCCUGAUCUGCGCAAGACUACGGUCAGUUUGAGUGCGUCGGGCAGUCCGGGUGGGUCGUCAUGGCUGGUGGACUCUGAACGACGUGCGGAGGUUCAUUAA